AUGUCAUCGACUCCAGAUGGGUCAACUCCAGUGGAUAGUGGAAAGAGAACAUCGGAUCAAAUUGACGUUGGGGAAUAUAAACGUGUUAAAGUAGAGCGAGGCAAUCGUUCUGAAACCGUUGAUUCGGGGCUGAUUGACAUGAGCAAUUCUGUUGGAGCGUCGUUAGAUAUUCCCACUCCUGAUCAAUUGAAUCCAACAAACACUGGAGUUCAGACCCCCUCAUUGCACCAGCCAGGCGAAUCAAUCUCAGCACAUUCUCUCUCGCUUCCAGGAGAGACAAGUGUGGGCGGCUCGACAGGUAUUAGCAGGGAAAAUACCCCUCAAGUUAGACCGGACGUUUCUGUCUCACAAAGUUCAUCACAGUUACAUCAAAGGAAUGAGUCGUUCCCUGGGUUAAGUGUCAGCAAGAGUACUACAUCUUUGAAUAAAGAUACCAUGUUUGACAAUCGCAAACGACUUUUGGGAAAUAAUGGAGCUAACCCCAAUGGACAGAAAUCCUCAGAUCCAGAAAAAUUAUCUGACGCAUUGACUGCAGCAGGUGUAGACCUGAAAGAGGAGGAGAGUCUGUUAUCUCAAUCUACUGUGAUACAACAAAGUAGGAGACAAUUGAGUACACUGAGUUCAUUCCUUCACCCAGUGCAUCUAGCAACUUUUAUGAGAAGAGUCAUGGAGAACAACGGACUAAGAAACUAUGUGGACCAUGACACGGAGCUUUUAUCCUACAUGUCCUCUGCGUGCGAAGGAUUCAUGGCCGGCAUCUUGACAGAUUCUGUUAUCCUUGCGAAUCAUCGCAAGCGACCUAUCAAAUCUAAAUUAAAACACUCCACUACUCCUAGAUCUGACGUGUCAAAAGUUUUGAGAGACAUAGCAACAAAGCAAAAAGAGAGAGAAGAACAGCGGGUGCAGAAGAGAGUUACGUUGGACAUUGAGGGACAAGAAGAUGAUGGGAAAUCUAAGCAGGAUAAUGAGGAAGUCUUACACCGAGCUGCCAAUGCCACAGCCAUGAUGAUGACUUCCAAAUCAAAAAAGAAAAAGUAUAGCUGGAUGAAUGCUGACUCAGGCGCACAGGGUGGUAAAACGAACUCCGUUCUUGCCAGAGGAGACUCCGGUAUUCGCUAUAGAGAUGCCAGGGAAGAGCCCGGGCUUGUUCUCAGAGACUUAUUAGGAGCAUUAGAAGGUAGACGGAUGUGUGUUGCCAACACUGUAGUCAAAGGAUAUGCCAGAAUGAACGAUUAA